CCCCCGUUAUGGUAGCUCAUGUGUGGUAAUUGACAAAUCGCACCUGCUGGUGGUAGGUGGUUGUGGUGGUCCAAAUUGUAUUUAUAAUGAUGCUUGGCUCCUUACGUUCGACUUGACGCUGCAAAAUGCGUGGGAAUGGAAACAAAUCAAUAUCACAAAUCCGAAGUCAGGUCCGUCUCAACUUUGGUGCCGCCCAGCAUGUCCAAUUGGACGGAAUCUUGCGUGUAUAAGUUAUGCAAGAAAGAGCAGUGGGUAUAACACGAUCAGUUUAAAUUCGUGCCCAGCACCGCUCCAAGUUACUUCAAGAAACCCAACCCAAUUGCCACCGCAUCCAGCGAAUAACGUCACGCUACAGUCUUCUUGUAUAAGGAAUAACAUGGAUCCCACAUCGAAUGAGAAAUUGAAUUCUUCGGGUUGUCAAUCGUCUACCUCUUCAUUACAUGCUAAAAACCAUUUAAAACAUAGCAGUGGUGUCUCUGGUAUUUCACCAGGAAGCUUGGAAAAACAUUGGUAUCAUAAAAGGCGUUUAGGGAAUGCUUGUGUUUAUAUACUCGAUACCGCACGAGUUUUGGAGGACUGUACAGUAACAUGGCGCCAACAAGAAGUCGAUUUGAACGCACCAGAUGAUACGAUGCUCUAUUCGUUGUGUGCUGGUCGAGGAGAGUUGAUAAUGUUUGGUGGAAUGCGUAGCGAUAUGCAAAGUGAUAAUUGCCAUCCAUUUACGCAUACAAUUAGUAAUGAUAUUUAUAUACUGAGUCCUGCUCGUUUACUAUAA